AUGGUGUUUCCACACAUGGCCUGGCAACGACCUUCCGAGCUAGGUACUUCACUGCCUGAUGAGCAGAGCCAGCAGUAUAGAGCUCCAGGAAGUUUAGCCUUGGGGGAGAAGGCCACUCUGCCAUCACUCUGCCACCCCAAUCCAACCCAAGACAACCUGCAUGCUCCCAUCAUUGUACCCGAUGAACAAAGCAAUUUCUGUAAAGCUACUCAACAAGACUCUGUCUUAACUUCAAAAAAUGCUUCUGAUUUGUUUUAUGAGUCACAAUGUCAAGAAGCACAUGUGAAAAAAAAUGACUUAAAGGAAGAAAACCUUAACCAUCCUUCAGGGGAAGGUGUUCUGCCACGCUGGGAAAAGAAGAUGGGGAGGAGUCAGGAAGGGAAGAACGUGAACUUACAGAAAAGUGGAGAUUCCUCGGAUGUGGUGAAUGCUGAAGAAAGGCCCAUCAAAGCUGCCAUAAGAGAAAAGACGCAGACAUUUGAAGACUAUUUGGAAGAGCAGAUUCAGCUGGAAGAGCAAGAACUGAAGCAGAAGCAGCUGCGGGAAGCAGAGGGACCAUUGCUAAUGAAAGCAAAACCCAAGCAACCAUUUUUAAAACGAGGAGAAGGUUUAGCUAGGUUUACUAAUGCUAAAUUUAAGUUUCAAAAAGGAAAAGAAAAUAAGGUAGUGAGUAGCCAGAGCCCUUCAGAAGACCAGUCUGUAUUUAAGGUCGACAGACAACACUUGCAGAGGAAAACUGCUCUCAUAAGUAAAGACCUGUGUGCAGAGGCCCCCACUGCUAAGAAGGAGAAGAAGGCCAGAACCAAGGCUGCUUCUGCCUCAUUCAGUCAGAAACCCAAAGUGACCAAGAUCAGUACGAGGGAAAGUCUCUCUCCACCAGGACUGAAAGCUCAGGUGGGGAAGAAAUGUGAUGGGCAGUUUGGACGCCAGAACAAAUUAGAAAGAAAUGUACAAACUAAUAAUAAGGAAAAUGUACCUGCGUGCUCAAAGCCCUGUGAUGCUGGUUGCAAGGUGUGGAAUAAGACACAGGUGAGAGAGAGACUUCCUCUUUCCACGGGGCCAGUUGGCUGUGUGGCCUCCAAGAGCCUGAGGAGUGAGAAGGAGAAAGAGACAGAGUUGUCCCUUGACAUUUCUUUCCAGAAAAAAUUAGAAAAUUGGGAACGAGAAAAAGAAAAGGAAAACUUGGAAUUAGAUGAAUUUUUAUUUUUGGAACGGGCUGCUGAUGAAAUAUCAUUUUCUAGUAAUUCCUCAUUUGUAUUGAAAAUCUUAGAGAGGGACCAACAGAUCUACAAAGGUCACAGGAUGUCUUCUACUCCUGUCAAAGCUGUGCAGAAGCAGAAGGCACAUCAGGUGGACCCUAACGGUCAGAGUAACCACGAGCUUCCCCGCCAUAAUGCUGCAUGUGAGCGAAAGAGUGAGUGUGAGCCCAUGCUCUUGUCACUGGCUUCAGGGCCACCUGAUGGUUUGAGGGAACUCUCCUGUAAACUUAGUCAGAAAGCCUUCCAGACCAGCACUUCUGAAAACCAGAGCCCAUGGGAUGCAAGUGAUGACAGUGUUGCCAACAGCGACAGCAGCACUGACUCUGAGGAGCAGCCUGAUGUUACCAUAAAACCGUCCACUGAGGCAGGGGAGAGGGUCUUCAGCAACAGAGAGGAUAGUCCCCAAGUCUGUGACACUAAAGGACCUUUUAGGGACACUGGUGCUCAAGAAGACAAAUGGCGAGAUGCCGAUCUGGAUCUGUCUGAUAAGGAGUGCAGCAGUGACGAGUCUGUCAUAGUUGAAAGCCUGAAACAUAACGUCUCGGAGCCAUCAAGACAACCCUCCUGUCAAGAUGGGAGUAAAAUUGACUUUGAUGAUGAAAGAUCUUGGACAGACCUUGAGGAGAAUCUGUGCGAACAUAAUGUUGCUCUCCGAGAUGAAGCCACACAUGGUGCACCCCUGACACAGUGCCCCAGUAGGAGUGAAGCAUGUGUUCUGGACAAAACAAUAAAAAGGAAGGUUGCAGCAGUCAAGAGGGGGGAAGACUUGAGCAAGUCUGACAGGGGCGGAAGUCCUCCUCCUCCAUCUGACCUGAUGAUAAAAUUCUUCCCUUCUUUGAAACCAAAGCCAAAAUUAGAUUCACACUUAGACAGUGAACCCAAGUUGAAUACAAGUCAAGACCAGCCACCAGGUGACAGGGUUCGAUCUCAGGUUCUGAGAGAGAAAGUUAUUGAAUUGGAAUCAGAAAUAGAAAAAUUUAAAGCUGAGAACACAUCUUUAGCUAAACUUCGCAUUGAACGAGAAAGUGCCUUGGAAAAAUUGAGGAAAGAAAUUGCUGACUUUGAGCAACAAAAAGCACGAGAACUGGCUCGAAUAGAAGAAUAUAAAAAGGAGGAGACAAGGAAACUACAAAAGGAGCGUAAAGUUUUUGCAAAGUACACAGCAGCUGCAAGAACGUUUCCAGACAAAAAGGAGCGUGAGGAAAUACAGGCUUUGAAACAGCAAAUUACAGAUUUACAGGAAGACUUGAAAAGAAAAGAAACAAAAUGGUCAAGCACACACGGUCGCCUCAGAAGCCAGAUAGAAAUGCUAGUCAAAGAGAAUACAGAUCUCCGAGAAGAGAUAAAAGUAAUGGAAAGAUUCCGACUGGAUGCCUGGAAGAGAGCAGAAGCUAUUGAGAGCAGCCCCAAGGCCUGCCAGUAUGUGACAGCCACAAAAAGGGAUGACACCAUGAACUCAUCAAUUCAAUUUCAAAAGAGUCAUGUUUCUUCGGGAGUCCAGGUAGAGAAAUACAAGAAAAACUAUUUGCCAGCACAAGGGAAUCCGACUCGAAGAUCCAAGUCUGUGCCUCCUCGUGAUCUAGGCAGCUCGGAAAAGGGACAAGCUGCUUUGCCCAGAGAGCCUCUCGAACCACUGCACUUUCCAGAUCUUGAAUAUAAAAACAAGGAGGAAAAAGAGGAAGAAAUUCAGGGAGAAGUCAGUCAUCCUGAUGGAAAGGUAGAAAAGGUUUAUAAGAAUGGGCGCCGGGUUGUACUGUUUCCCAAUGGAACUCGGAAAGAAGUGAGUGCGGAUGGGAAGAGCAUUACUGUUACGUUUUUCAAUGGUGAUGUGAAGCAGGUCAUGCCGGAUGAGAGAGUGGUCUACUACUAUGCCGCUGCCCAGACCACUCACACCACAUACCCAGAAGGCCUCGAAGUCUUACAUUUCUCAAGUGGACAAAUAGAAAAGCAUUUCCCAGAUGGAAGAAAAGAAAUCACAUUUCCUGACCAGACCAUCAAGACUUUAUUUGCUGAUGGUCAAGAAGAAAGCAUCUUUCCAGAUGGCACAAUUGUUCGAGUACAACGUGAUGGCAAUAAAAUCAUAGAGUUUAAUAAUGGCCAACGAGAGCUCCAUACUGCCCAGUUCAAGAGACGAGAAUAUCCCGAUGGGACUGUUAAAACUGUCUAUGCAAAUGGUCAUCAAGAGACAAAAUACACAUCUGGCCGAGUCAGAGUGAAGGACAAAGAUGGUAAUGUUCUAAUGGACAGAGAAUUGUAAAGAUCUUUGUGGGAUUAAUCAUGAAAUAACACUAACUAGUUUUUCUGUUGAG